GUUCUUGUGGUUCAGUUUUCCGUGGCGAGGUGCCGGGAUUCUUCCAGAAGGAGCACCAGGUGAAACAUGCUGUGCUGGCUGUGCGUGUGACCUUGCACGGGUGAACGACAUUGAUGAGUUGAUGCAUGGCUUAGGCUACGACCGUUGUGUCGAUGAUGGCUCGUGCGAGCCAUGCAACGACCUAGAGAUGACACUGCCUCCUUGUGGCAGUGGGCAACGUCAGAAGGUGAUUUGUACUCGUUGCCAAGGGGCAUCAUCUUACCUGCCUUAUUGCCUUUCGGGAUACAGGACUUUCUGGUCUUCCAACAACAGCUUCGCCAAUAUUUCCAUUCAGAGCCCAAGUGCUGGUCUCUUCUGGCGAAGCUGUGCAAGCCCCGAGGCACCAGCUGCGCCAAGUGGUCGCCAGUCAGGUUCUACAUCCACUGCAUCCAGCCCUCCACGUCUCUUUCAUUUUGGCGGGGACGGAGAUGAAGGGUCUUUGGAGGUCCUGUACUUCUUGGUGGCAAAUGCUCUGGUUCUAGCCAUCUCAGGCUUCUCUUUGCGUCGGCAGCAACGAAGAGAGUGGGAAAAGACCAUGGAAGGUCUCUACACUUGCAUCGAAGAUGGUCUUCAAGCUGCAGGUGGCUCUAAGACAGAGCCACGGCGGGACAAGAACAAGGUGCACAUGUUUGGCCCCAGAGCUUUGGUGUUUGCCCUUCACCACUUCUGCCAUAGGAAGAUGAUGCAAGGAAACCAUCCGGGAUAA